UUGAAAGCUGUCAUAUUUUCCUGAAGAAAAUUGUUCAAGAUUCUUGGUUUUGUGUGGAAAAAUAUCGCUUUUCCGACCACAAUUCCGCUUGGAGUGACUCUUCGUUGCACUGUAUCCGUGGCACCAUCACCAAUCCUGCUGAAAGCGGCCAAACCGAUGCUGGAGUGCAAUCUGGGUGGAAAAAUGAGCAAGGAAAGCCCCGCAGCUGAGCGUCCGCGUCCAAACACGCUGGAAUUCCUCUCGAAAUUUGUUAUUUUCGAACCAGCCACAGCUCAUGUGAACGGGGAGUGUCAGGAUCAGGACCUGGAGCUGGUGGACAAGGACCAGCCGACGGACAGAGACCAAGAGACGCAUGAGGAUAAUGUAAUCCGAGAGACGUGCGACUGUAGCAUUUGCAUGAAGUACAGAGAGUGCAUCAUCCAGAUUUAUCUGGAGGAUCUGGAGUACAAUAUUCUGUGGGAGAGAUUGCAGCUAAUUAUUCGAAAGUACUACGAUCUUAUUCCGGAUGAUCCGAACUCUCCCCUGGACCGAAAGUACCGCGAGUUGAUGAACAAGAGCACCACGAAGUGGUUGAGUGAUGGUCAGCUGGACUUUAAGAAGAACAUCCAGAUCUCUCUGGGCUCCAAUUUGCCCCUGACCAAUGAGAUGACCUUCAUUCUGGUCUUCAGCAUGCUCUAUUCGCGGGAUCCGCAUCAACUGUUCGAGUUGCUCUGCAUCCAGGUGCGAUGUUUGGUGAUGGCGUACGCUGAGGGACUCAAGGAGAUUAUCAAGUACAAGGAGGAUGGAGUGAGUCCGGAAUUCAAUUCACUGGAAUUGACGCCUUACGUGCUUGAUGGAUAUGAGAAAAUCUGCAAUGCCGCUAAAGUCUUGACACCACUCUUGUUCGAGAACCAAUCCGGACACCUGCAGCAAUUCUCCCUGACGUGGUUGUUGCUAAACAAACGGCUGUACCACAAAUUCGUGUCGUCGCAGGUGCAGUACUUGAUUCCGCAGUGCUUGGCUCAGCUCCGACUCAUUUCUUACGAAGACACGCCAUCGAUACUGAAAAGGUACUUUGACUUCAGCGAUGAACUCAUGCUCACCGCGGAGAUGUGGAAAGAGACGUGGCUGCAGCUGCAGAAUUACCACAUGUCGCAAAAGGACAUGCUAAGACGUCAGCGGAUUCUGGCGGCGCACAACUUUUUGGGACUUAUACAGAUGAGUAGAUCCAAUGGCGAAGCGCCGGCAGCGAUGGAGAUCAACAGUGGGGUGCUAGACUGGCUAGAGUCACAGGACAAGGAGUAUGUGUGGCAGAACACUCUGUCGCACAUCCGGACCAGAUGGACUCCGUGCACGGAUAAGCGACUGACGGCUUCUAUUGAGCACAAUCAUUGCUUGCACUGCAACGUUGAGCUGGCCGAUCACAAGCUUCACUGUGAGUGUCGAACGUGUUUGAUAGCUGGCGGGCCGGUGUUCUCACAGUCGGAGGAGUUAAACCUCAAGAUCUGCGCUAAGUGCUGCUUCAAAACUUUCGAUCGUGACUACCUGACGUACGUGAUGAAGUUCAUCCACAAGCACGAGGAGAAAUACUUUGUGGAAACGGACAUGGGACGCCAGUGCAUCUCCUUUGAUCUCUUCUCCAGCGAUACCGAGGCUGCCAUGGCGGCCGUGAAGCCGGAGAAUCAAAUAAUCUACCAUCUCUCUUGGGCUGUGUUUAAGCACCUGCCCGAUCGGGUGCCGUAUACGGUGAAGAAGCUCAACCUGAGGCAUCUCUGCAUGUUCAGACCCACGCCUUGUAGGCGAGUAGAGUGUCGUGUGGCCACUCAUCUCAUUGUGGCUCUCUAUCCUUUCAAGCUUACCAAGUUCCUCCUCACUGCCUAUCAGCCGCUGUCUGAGGAGUUGCGGAAGAAGUUCUUCCGGAAUCCGAACAACAACUGCUCGAAUUAUCUCCACCUGCUCUAUGAGGAUUGCAAUCUGGACACAGGAGUUGUGGCGUCGGUGUUCGCCGAGUGUUAUCUCACGGAUUUCACAUUUCCGCCUGACGAGGAGAUCUUUCCGUGCUUUCAGUUCCUCUUCAAGACCACCGGAUCUGACAUUGCGAUUGACUUGGGAUGGUUGGAGUGUAUCCACAUUACUAAGGCAAUGAUUCUUGAGUCGAAGUCAGAUUCGGAGAAGAGGAGUUUAACGGAAGAGUGUCUGGCGGUGGCGGAUUUGAAGAUUCAGAUAGAGAAUAUGAAAAUUAAUGGACCAAGCUAUGAACAGCACGAUGGC